UCCAACGGGUAAAUAGGACAAAGAUGGGACAAAAUGGGCGUGGGCCUGUCGUCACCAAUCUCUCAGUCUGUAAAAUGCCAACUAACCACCACCUUCAUAUGCUCCGACUAGUGCUCUCAUGCCGAAAGGUCACGGCCCAAGUCACAGACCCGGCAACUUCCACCAUCGUCGCUAUGGCUUCCUCCACCGAGCCCGAAUUCCUUCCUGAGUUUCGCGCCAAGCAGGAACGGUUUCCACGGCUCCGCUUCUUAUGGGAUGCCAGGACGGCCACCCGGGUUGGGGAGAAGCUUGCCUUUCGCUUGAGAGAGAUUGGCAUUCCCGGCGUCCACAUCGACGCCGAUGAGGAGAUUCUGAGGCCUGUACACUACAGGAAGAAGGCGUUGCCGUUCUUUGAUUCGGUUAGGCGCGCCGGAGUGGAGAUUCAUGGAGCCGAGAGGCUAGGAGAGAUUGGGCCCGUGACUGUCAAGGUUUGAAGACAAAAGGCUGUUGAUGGCAACAAGGGUGUACCUUUCUUCCAUGAUUUGAGUUCAUGUGGUGGUUCAAUUUAUCUGCUUAUGGCUGCAGCUUCUGUUUUUUUUUUUUUUUUUUUUUUUUUUUUUCAAUCGUGGAGCAUAUGCACAUUGUUGGUAAAUGUUGUUUUACAUGGGAUUAUAGGCUUAUAGCUUAGGCUGAUGCAGCUUUUAGUACCAUAUCAAACUAUGAUUUUCUUGAUGUGAUUUCUAGGUAGGAUUGUCUUUCACUCUUUUGGAUAUAUCAAUAAACUUGGUGAUUGUCAAA